CUAACCCUAACCCUAACAUUCACUCUCUUAGUUUCCUCGCAGCAGAAACUCCAGCCAGCCACGCACCCGCGUCAUUUGAUCAAAACAAUGGGCCGCGUCCGCACGAAGACCGUGAAGAAAUCAUCUCGUCAGGUUAUCGAGCGGUAAUACUCUCGCAUGACCCUCGAUUUCCACACCAACAAAAAGAUUAUCGAAGAAGUGGCUAUAAUCCCAUCGAAGAGGCUCCGAAACAAGAUCGCCGGGUUCUCGACCCAUUUGAUGAAACGGAUCCAGAAGGGUCCGGUUCGUGGCAUUUCGUUGAAGCUCCAAGAAGAAGAGCGCGAGCGUCGCAUGGAUUUCGUCCCCGAUGAAUCGGCAAUUAAGGUUGACCAAAUAGAAGUUGAUAAGGAAACUCUUGGCAUGCUUUCGGUUCUUGGAAUGGCUGAUAUUCCUGGACUUAUUAAGGUUGACCCGGUUGCUGUAGUUCCUCAAGUCGGGUUCGGUCGCGGUGGUGGACCCGGGAGGAGGUUUUAAGAGGUGGGUUUUCAUUGGACUUGACGGGUUCCAUCUUAAGUUUGCUAUGUUUUAUUUUGGUCAGUAUUUGAGUUUUGUGUUUUUAUUGCAGAACAUUUUGGUAUUUUAAAUGCUACUGAAAUUUAUAAACUUUUAUGUGUACUUCCUUCGAAGGUUCCUGGAAUGGAUAAUAUUAGUUGUUAGCUUAUUUAAUUAA